AUGGCUGCAAGUCUAACUUGCUCGUUUUCGAAACACUCGUCGAUACCAUGUGGCAAUUCGAAGCACUAUCGUAACAUCAAAGAGUACGUGCCACUCCGUAGUUGCAGGAGAGAUAUAACCAGUCACCUUCAACGGUUGAAAACAUCUCAAGCAAACAUCAAAGGUGAAUGGCAACUGAUACUUUUGAGAGCUGGGUUAUUUGAUGAAGAUGGUGAAACGCUCACAAUCUGUCCCCUGCACAGAGAUAUUUUUGGUACUAUCUGGAAUUCAAGUAGACCAGUUACAAAAUGUCAUCAUCCACUUCAUGGCCGAAGCAGGGCUAAGCCUGAAAGAGGGAUUUCGUUGGACAUUUCAAAAGAGAUUCAAAUUUACUGGGGAGUUCUCGUGCCCAUUGGAUCAGGUAUUUGUGAACUGUGUGGUUUACUCAGUUUCCCUCUUUCUUCUUUCUUUCUUUUCUUUUCCAAUACUUACUCAUUCUGUUCUUUAAAUUCUAGGUAUAUGCCUCAGGUGCAGAAAAUUACAUUUAGAAGAAAGAGGGAAAAGAGAAACACAAAUAUUUCAGGUGAGUAUAUAUUAACCUCAAAAGUGUUUCCGUUGGUCAAACGAUUUUUUUGUUUAUUUGCAAAUUUAGCAGCAAAGUAUGAAUUAUGAGGAAACAAGUAACAAAGUCGCUGUGGUUACUAUAGCAGUUCGAUCCGAUGGUGUCUUACCCUUACUUUUUACAAGAAAAUCAGGCAGUUAGAGCCUAAGAAAGUAUUGCAUUAUGCAUCAGUUAAUUCCAGCUGCCCCCCCUCCUCCCCCCACGGGCUACUGCGGGGCAUUUGCCCGCCUCAUCAGUCCCGGCGGUGGGGCAUUUGCAAAUUUUGCGCCUCCCGGGUGCCGGGCAUUUGUUUGCCAACCCCGGGGCUAUUCCCGAGGUUUUGACACGCGCGCGGUUUCCUAUCAGAAUACCCUAAACAUUCCCGGGGCUUAUAUUUUUCAAAGGCCCUUUUUUGAGGGGCUUAUUUUUGGAGAGGCUUCUAUUCGGAGGGAUUUAUCUACGGAAGGAAAUUUGCUUUUCAAAAUCGAUUGGGCUAGCCCUAUAGUCGGAAGGAAAUUUACCGUUUUGGCUUUGUUUUACUUUGUAUUUGAGGGCACUUUUCCAAGUAUAAGUCUCCAGGGGGCUUAUAUUCGGAGGGGGGAUUUAACGGAGGGUGUUUUGCGUUACCGGUUUGGGGGGCUUAUAUUUGGAGGGGCUUAUACAUGGAAGGGCUUAUUUAUGCAAUUUUAUGGUAUAACUACAUAGAGGAUAUUACUGAAAAAAAAAGCAGAUUAGCUCAUCUAUCAAGGACAGGGGGUUGUAAAGGCAUGUUCUCGAUUUUAUGCAUGCUUGUCAAGCCAGAAUUACAUAGCGCAACUCGGGAGCUAUCGACGUGAAUUAACGUUUUUUGGUAAGUGAAUCAAAUUUCUGUUGAUAUUAUUUGAAGAACAUCCUUUCAUAUUUAUAACAUAUUCACAACAUAUAACUUUACAGAGCACUAUUAAUUCUGUCAAUAAUUUUAUAUCAAUACUAAAACCAUAAACUGGUACAUAUCGUCGCGGCGUGAAGUCUUAAUUAGAAUCCAAUCACUAUUACAAAGGAAGACGUUACUUGAAACAAAAAAUCGCUCAUUAAAAUGUUUAAAACGGCACUAUUCGACUGUGCAAUCAAUGAAAAAUGUUGCAGUGUUGACGGAGGACGGGGCAUUUGCCCUCUUUUCUCGUCCCCACCCCGGGGGAUUUGACAGCUCAAGAGUCCCCACCCCCGGGAAUUUGCGAUCCAAGGCAAAAAAAAUGCCAAUGCCCGAGGGUGAGCCCGGGGGGGGGGGCGCUGGGCGCAGCUGUUAUUGACUGAUGCAUUAUGAUAUUAUUUAUAUCGCUCAGAGUUCUGCCUAGCAUCCCUCUCAUCAAUCCACUCGUUCUUUCAUUUCUUCAAUUCUUCACUCACCCACUUGAUCGCUCAAUCACAUAUUUUUUUCAUUCAUUCAUUCUCCAGUAUGUUCGUUCGUUAGUUUAUUCCUUACUUCCUUUCCUUCGUUUGAACGUCAUUCAAUAAGUACCUAUUUGUAAUAUUUUACAUUUACCAGGUGACAUCCGAACACACAGGCGAUGUUGAGAAUCCUCCUUAUUGCGAUCUGAAAAACCACGUGGUGAGUUUCCUUUCAGGGACGCUUCCCCUACAAUCCGUUGAACGGUAUUGGGCUAUUGCUGAUCCUUUUAUAAAAACUAAAUUACGGUUUAAAAUUCUCCACGCACAUUUACAGUCAUCUACCAUGAAUAAUAUUUUCCUUAUUUUAAUUAAUUUUCGAAUACCUCUCUUGAAAUCAUUUAUUUUUUUCACCAUUUUCUUUUCCUUCUAUUCUUUUUCUUCUAUUUUCAGGUGGAGUUUCUUUCGAAGUUCCUCUAGCAGUAAGUAAAUGACUGAAUCAAAAAUAAACAUUAAUUCUUAUUAUCAUUUAAUUACGUCUUUAGGAACAGGCGGCUCCUUUGGAUUCAGACCCUACCACUGAAUUAGGCGACUUCAUAAACGUUAGAGAAAAUCGUCUUGUGGAUGAGUGUCCGGUAUGUUUAUUUUUACUCAUGCAUUGAUUUAACACUUAUCAUAAACGAGAGAUUAGUUCACAGAUAUUAAUCAUCUACAUUGCUCUUUAUUUUUCUAGGCUGAAUGUAAUGAACAUGAAGUGAGCAUUGGUAGUCCUCUAGAUGAGUCAUUGCCAGAAGAAGACAUUUCAUAUGAAUGGUGUUCUACUCCAUGUGUGAAAUCGGGACUGAAAGCGGUGAAUGAGUUUAUCCGCUCAGCUCCUUCUGCUCGUGGUAGGGUAGAUCCAGUGGUUCGUCAGUUGACUAUACCUUGGAAGGAAGCUGCACCAAGCACACAGAGAUAUUACAGACAGAAGGGGAAAGAGAUCGUUGAAGUGGCUCUGGAUUGCCUUGCUCCAGGGCAAGCCAUAGAAUUACUUUCAGAGUUGAUGAAACAUAUGGAGAAAAAAGAAAAGCAAAAGAGUGUAGAUACUGAUGUUAGCGAAAUAUCGCGCCUGAUUAAAUUGUACGAAGAGGCCAACAGUUGGUUUACUAAAAGGCAAAUCCUGUCAGUAUUUGUAAACGAUUACUCUAAAGCUCAACUUCAACUGCUUAUUCCUGGAGUAAGCAUGUGGGCGAUAGAUGAGGCAAGAAGGCAUGCCGCUAAGGUGGGGGUGGGUAAACCAGUGCCACAGAUGGAGGCCAUUACACGCGCAAGACUGGAUUCAAGCAAAGUAGACCAUUUUCUAGAUUUUAUCAGCAGACCAAAUUUCGUGCAAGAUGUUGCCUACGGAACAAAAACGCUAAAAUUGUCGAAUGGGGAGAAGAUGGAGAUUCCAAACGUGGUUAGGACAGUUAUUGCUUCAAGGAUUGUGGAAUUAUACCAGCAGUACUGUCAGGAAACCGGUUUCCUCUCACAUGGGAGGUCAACCCUCUUCAGUAUUUUACAGGUACGUAUCAAAACAAAAUCACGAUUCAAAAUCAGACGAAGAGCGAAAAUAAAAAAGAAAAAGAGACCUUCACUUCAGGUAAACGGUUACUGAUACCAUGUUUUAUAGUCUUCUUCUUUCAAACCAAAAACCUAAACUUUCUUGCAGUCAAAACCAAAGAAAGAAGACAGAUUUCUCCCCUAACAGAUUUUGUCUUGUUCAGUUUAUCGUUAAUCGUUUCAUUUUACACAUGUAAAAAAAUUUCUUCACAGGAUAUCACGAGAAGAUAUAUAUUGUAAUUUUGACUGAUCAUGAAGAGCAAGUUUUCUAAUUGUCAUACCUUAAUCACCUUUUUUGCAAUUGGAAAUGGGUGGCUCAGGUGACUGAAAUCUACAGUUGUGUAACUUCGGAAACAGUGCUGCGUUUACAUCAUUAAACAAAGGAUCAGGAAAAAUAUACCGUGCAAAGACAAGCAAAUGAUGUCGCCCUAAAACGUCAAGAAAUUAUAAUUACAGCUUUGAUAAUAGAACGAAAUCAUUUUUUAUUUUGAUUUUUAGAUAUCAAGACGAAAAGGAGGAAUAGAGCAUGACAUUAGUAAAGCUAUAGACAGGAUUGAGCGAUGGAAGGCCCACAUCUUAAGAGCAGUACACCAGGACGUAGCAAAGGAUGAUAUCCUCACCAAUAUGACGCCAGAGCAAGCUUUAAUUAUCAUGGAUUGGGUAAUGAAGUUCCUUCCUUUGAAGUAUAGGGAAACGCAAGGAGAGAGGUUUGGAAAGAAAGGCCUCUCUUGGCAUGUCACAGCCGUGAUAACAAAACCGAAGGAAGAUUUUGAGGUAUUUUCUACAGGCAUAUCCUACAUCUGACUAUGGGCAUGUCCAAAAACUUUUCAGUUUCAGAUAUUGUAGUAGACGAAUUUGUGUCCUAAUUAGAAGAAAUGCUGAGUUUUCUUCUUAUUCCCUGAGUAACAGUAGAGUUAUCCACAUUCACUUGCUGUGCAAAAUACGUUAAAUGCAACUAUAAAUUAUGUAUUGACAGUGGAGGUAGGUCCACAUUCUACUGAGAAAAUAAUCUCUUGAAAUCUUUAGCUAUGAAGUGCAGGAAGAUAAGUGGCAUAGUUAUAAUCAGUGGAUGAAACAACAAGUGGACAACAGAUAGGAUUACCAGAAGAGUAGGUAUUCAGUGAGCUUUCCUGUUGUACUUUAUUUAACGUCAUGGAGCCGAUACUGUAACAUUAUUUCUUAUGUUCGUAUGUAUAGGUAAGGACAUACGUUCAUCUGCUGGAUCACUGCAGCCAGAAAUGGUUUGCUGUUGCAUCUAUUUAUGAGAACACGCUUAUGGAAAUAAAGAGGAAGUCACCUGAGAUUGUCGAGGCGUUUGCACGUAGUGAUAACGCUGGAUGUUAUCACUGUGCUCCUUUAUUGCUAAGUAUCCCUGGUAUUAGUCAACGUACAGGUGUAACGACAAGCCGAUACGACUUCAGUGAAUCAAACAGUGGCAAAGAUAUAUGCGAUCGCCAUAUUUCUCCUUUGAAAAGUCAUAUACGCCAGUACGUCAAUGCAGGAAAUGAUGUCGAGAAGGCAAAAGAUAUGAAGAAAGCAAUAGAUUCUUACUCCGGAGUUAGAGGUUGCCGUGCAUCAGUUGUAAAGGUGGACGCUAGCGCACAGGAUCUGCAUAAUCACAACUGGAACGGAGUACUGAUGUUUUCAAACUUCAAGUUUUGCGCAGACGGAAUCAGGAUGUGGAAAGCCUUCAAUGUUGGAGAAGGAAAUUUCGUUCGUUACGAUAAGCUAAUGAAGAGAGGGACCAGCCAGGGAAGUACCCGAUUGGAGGUUAUUGAGCCGUUCACAUCCCCGCGUGUGUCGACUGGCUUCUUGUACAAAAACAGCAAAACGACGGAAAACAAAAGUGAGCCUUGUGAAUUCAGUUGCCCUUUACCAGGUUGCAUCAAGUUAUUCAAAACGACAACAGCGUUGCAAAACCACCAGGACUUUGGCAAGCACAUUUUUUGCACCCAAAAGGAUUCCACGCAUGACAGUAUUAAGCGUAAAUGGGCUAAAGCAUGCACCAACAUACGCCCUUCAUAUAUUCCAUUUAAUAAGAACCUUGAAGGAUUGAGCCAAGAAGAGUGCAGAGAGUACCCCACUGCUGAGCCUGGCUGGGCCUUGAAGAAAAACAAGAAGACCGGGCGAUUUUCAGAACAUGUCAAAGAGUACCUCCUUAAACUGUUUCUUGAUGGAGAAGAGACAGGAAAUAAGAGCGACCCUGCCGUUGUUGCCUCAAAUUUGAAGUCACUUCGUGGACCAGAUGGUGUCAAAUUAUUUUCUUCUAAAGACCGGCUCAGCGCGCAACAAGUUACAUCAUACUUUUCAUGUCUCUCAUCGGUCGCUAAGAGUGGAAAGCUUUCUUUAAACAAGAAGGCUGUAAUAGAGGAAGAAGAUAUGCUCGAUGCCCUUGUUGAGAGAGGAGAACGAGAUUCCCUGCGAGAGAAAGUUUUUCACGUUGUGGACUUAUAG